GGACACUUUCAAAAUCUCACUUGGUUCUUCUGGUUCUUCUUCUUAUUUGUCUUUUGCUUCCCUUUUGCCCCCAUGUCCCUCUUCAUCAACAUUGGCUUCGGCUAUUCCAUUGCCAUCGCCCUCGCCUUCCUCGUUCUUGCCUCUACGCUCAUUCUCUCUUUCUACCUCUGUUGCCGCAACCGCAACCCCAACCCCACUUCGCAUUCGAACCCGAAUCCGAAUAUGAACCCAUCUGGGGCGAAUGUGGAAUCCGAGGGUAUUGUUCUGCCUCGGGUGAUUUUUGUGGCGGAGGAGGAGGAUGAUAACGAGAGCUCCGUCGUGGGGCUCGACGAGAACGUUAUAAACUCGUACCCCAGGUUCCAGUACAUCCCUGCACGGACACUCAAUAUCCUCAGUUCAGAAAAUACAGAAAUGCCAAAACUGAAUGGUACUCCUAAAUUUGCAAUAUGGAGAAGGGCUUACUGCACAAUCUUUGUAUUGGGUGCUCUUGCUCUUCUCUCUGUUGCUACCUUGUCUAAAUUCUUUAUCUCUAAAUCCUUUCUUGACACUGAAUCUCUAUGCAACCACUUGAAUCCUGAGGAGCCAAAGGAAAUUCGAAAUAGUGUGAUUAUAACGGCUCAAAAUGUAAUUCAGAAAAUUCAACAAGAGUUGCAGAACUUGAGAGAUGCAGAGUCAGAUACAGCUUCUGUGAUGGAAAUGAGUGUCUUUCUUGCUGACAUUUUAGGACUCCUGGAAUCCAUGGAAGCAUCUCUUUCAGAUUAUAAAGGGAUUGGUCAGCAUAAAACCAGUGCCACAACUUCUCUUCCACUUUUGAAAGAAAAGAAACAGCCUGAUGAGCCGGCUGAUUACUUCUUCCGGGAGGAGAUUCGCAAGUAUGUGAAGAUCAAGCCUAAUAGGUUGGGAAAACAGAAUUUCAUGGGGGCUAAUGGAACCUUCACUAGUAUUGGCCAUGCUUGCUUUGCCAUGAGGGAAGAGCUUGAGGAAUACAUGGAUUAUGACAUUGGUGAAAUGUGCAAUGAUGACUGGAAACUGGCUCAGAAGCUCAUGGUACAUGGCUGUGAUCCUCUCCCAAGAAGAAGAUGCCUUGCAAGAGCACCUCGGCUAUAUAUGCAGCCAUUGCCAAUCAACGAGUCCAUCUGGAAACUUCCAGAUGACAGAAAUGUCCGGUGGAGUCAAUACCGGUGCAAGAACUUCACUUGCCUCGCUGGGAACACCACUCGUAAGGGAUUCUUCAAGUGCUCAGAUUGCUUCAACCUCACUCAUCAUGAAAUGCCCAGAUGGGUAACAUUGGAUCCCAGUUCUGAAAAUCAGACUUCUGAUUUCCUCAUAUCUGAUGUGCUUCAAAUCAAGCCUGGAGAGAUCAGAAUAGGAUUGGACUUCAGUGUUGGAACUGGUACUUUUGCUGCUAGAAUGAAAGAAUAUAAUGUGACUAUAGUUUCUGCAACUAUCAACCUAGGAGCACCCUUCAAUGAAAUGAUAGCUCUCAGAGGACUUGUUCCUCUAUACUUAACCAUAAAUCAGCGGCUUCCAUUCUUUGAUAACACCCUCGAUUUGAUCCACACGACGAGGUUUCUGGACGGGUGGAUUGAUUUUGUGCUGCUGGAUUUUGUGCUGUAUGAUUGGGAUAGAGUUCUGAGGCCUGGUGGGUUGUUGUGGAUUGACAGCUUCUUCUGUUUGAAGGAGGAUUUGGAUGAUUACUUGGAAGCUUUCAAGAUGCUGAGGUACAAGAGACGCAAGUGGGUGGUUGUUCCAAAGAUUGAUAAAGGUGAUCAAGAAGCGUUCUUUUCUGCUGUCUUAGAGAAGCCUCCUAGACCAUUCUGACAAUCUCACAGCAUGAUAUGAUGUUCUUUUUUGCUCCCCUCAAUUUAGGUAUAGUUUCAAGUGAUUACUAAUAAUCGAGUUCUCUAAUAAGAAUGACAUGAGAUUAUUUCUUUACAAUUCAUGUCUUAAUUAAAAACU